CAUGUCUCUGGGGCCAGAGUGGGUGUGGACGAGAGGAAAUGGCUCCUAUGCGGAUCUGGCACCAGGGCCACAUUGACACUGCCAGAGUGUCAUCCAUCAGUGCCCAGAAGUGUCACCCAUCAGUGCCCAGCAGUGUCACCUGUCAGUGCUGCCCAGCAGUGCCACCUGUCAGUGCUGCCCAGCAGUACCACCUGUCAGUGCCCAGCAGUGUCGUCCAUCAGUGCCACCCAUCAAUGAUGCCCAGUAGUGCCGCCGAUCAGUGCCGUCUGUCAGUGCCUCCAGUUGGUGCUAUCAGUCAGUGCUGCUUAUCAGUGCCCAUCAUUGCCACCUCAUCAGUGCUACCUAUCUGUGACGCCUCAUCAAUGCCCAUCAGUGCUGCCUAUUAGUGCAGCCUCACCAACGCACAUCAA